AUGGCACAAUCCGUUCAAAAUCUAUCUGUGUUAACUGCAAGCACUUCAACAUCAACCAUCGUACCAAUAACCAUAGUUUACAAUACGGGUGAUAAUGCAUGGAUGAUGGUUAGUACUGCAUUGGUAUUGAUGAUGACACCAGCUCUGGCAUUUUUCUACGGCGGUAUGGUACAUAAUAAAAAUAUAUUAAAUCAACUUUUUCUAUCAAUCAUAUGUAUGGGAAUUGUCUUCUGUCAAUGGGUGCUGUUCGGAUUUUCAUUUGCAUUCGGGCCAGCAGUUAGCAAAGGAUUUGGAUCAUUUAAAUGGGCGUGUAUGUUAUUCGGAGAAGUGUAUGCACCAACAUAUCCUUUGCUGACAUUUGCUUCAUACCAGGGUACAUUUGCUAUCAUCACACCGGCCUUGAUCAGUGGCGCAGUUGCCGGACGAAUGAAAUUAAUUCCCUAUAUGAUAUUUAUCUUUGUAUGGACAACAGUUUGCUAUGACCCACUAGCACACUGGGUAUGGGGUGAUAAUGGAUGGCUAAAACUAUUGGGUACUUUAGAUUUUGCAGGUGGUACGGUAGUACACAUCUCCAGCGGAAUCUCGGGUUUUGUAGCGAGUAUAAUACUGGGAAAACGAUAUGAUGUGGGUUCACAUGGUCAGGCACAUAACCUACCAUUUACAGUACUUGGCACAUCACUUCUGUGGGUGGGUUGGAUGGGUUUCAAUGCAGGUUCUGCCGGUAAUGCCAGUGGAUUGGCUGCUCUAGCAAUGAUGAAUUCAAAUGCUGCUGCAGCAGCCGGUCUAAUGACAUGGGUGAUCAUUGAUGCCAUACGCGGUUCGAUAUCGAUUAGCGGUGCUUGUGCUGGUCCGAUUGUCGGAUUAGUAGCCAUUACUCCGGCAUGUGGAUUUGUUCAGCCUGGAUGGGCACUUCUCAUUGGUGUUAUUGGUACCUUGGUUGUCUACAGUGGACUGCAAGUGAAAAAAUAUAUUGGAGUUGACGAUGCAUUGGAUUGUAUGUUCGUUCAUGGAAUUGGAGGAAUCGCGGGUGCAUUCGUGACAGGAUUGUUUUGUCAAGCGCGUGUGAAUUCGGGUGGGGCAGAUGGUGCAUUCUACGGACGACCAAUUCAAUUGUGGUAUCAAAUAGCAGGAAUUCUAACGACGAUCGCUUUUGCGGGACUCUGUACGGCUGGUAUUCUACUACCAAUGAAGUAUACGAUUGGUAUUCGAUUAGACCGAGAAGACGAAGUACUUGGACUUGAUCAUACAGCUCAUGGCGAAAGUUGGGAAGCUGCAGAACCUGGUGUACGUGGUUCCAUAUCAAAAGUCGAAGAUGUAGAAGUUGGUGAGGAUGGUAUCAUACAAUUUUCAGCUACAAUGUCUGUCCUUCAGCAGAUUAUGCCAAAUUUUCGACCACAAUUACGUGUUGCGGAUGGAAAUUUGAAGCAGCAACCACCACGAUUAUCAAUACAAAAAGUGGAUUAUUCGAAUGGUGGUACAGGAUUUGUAUUGGUACCUGAAACGUCAUCACGCGCAUCAAACGGCAAUAUUAUCAGCAAACUUUGA